GAUGCCCUGCUGUCUGAUCUGGAGACCACCACUUCACACAUGCCAAGAUCAGGGGCUCCGAAAGAGUGCCCCACAGAGCCACUCACGCCUCCCUUACCCUAUGGCCACCAAUCACAGACAGGGUCUGGAGAACCUUCAGGAAUCUCUGGAGACAAGGACCAUCUGUACAGUACGGUAUGCAAGCCUCGGUCUCCAAAGCCUGCAGCCCCAGCGGCCCCUCCAUUCUCCUCUUCCAGCGGUGUCUUGGGUACUGGGCUCUGUGAAUUAGACCGGUUGCUUCAGGAACUUAAUGCCACCCAGUUCAACAUCACAGAUGAAAUAAUGUCUCAGUUCCCAUCUAGCAAGGUGGCUGCAGGGGAGCAGAAGGAGGACCAAUCUGAAGACAAGAAAAAAUCCAGCCUCCCUUCCAGCCCAUCUCCUGUCCUCCCAAAGCCUUCAGCCACCUCAGCCACUCUGGAGCUGGACAGACUGAUGGCCUCACUCUCUGACUUCCGUGUCCAAAAUCAUCUUCCAGCCUCUGGGCCAACCCAGCCACCAGUGGCGAGUUCCGUGAACGAGGGUCCCCCAUCCCCACCAGAGUCAACUAGCAAGGGCAGCCUAGACACCAUGCUGGGGCUGCUGCAAUCUGACCUCAGCCGCCGGGGUGUUCCCACACAGGCAAAGGGCCUCUGUGGCUCCUGCAAUAAACCUAUUGCUGGACAAGUGGUGACGGCACUGGGCCGUGCCUGGCAUCCUGAGCACUUCGUUUGCGGUGGCUGCUCCACGGCCCUGGGAGGCAGCAGCUUCUUCGAGAAGGAGGGAGCGCCCUUCUGCCCGGAGUGCUACUUCGAGCGCUUCUCGCCAAGAUGUGGCUUCUGCAACCAACCCAUCCGACACAAGAUGGUGACCGCCUUGGGCACCCACUGGCACCCAGAGCAUUUCUGCUGCGUCAGUUGCGGGGAGCCCUUCGGAGAUGAGGGUUUCCACGAGCGCGAGGGCCGACCCUACUGCCGCCGGGACUUCCUGCAGCUGUUCGCCCCGCGCUGCCAGGGCUGCCAAGGCCCCAUCCUGGAUAACUACAUCUCGGCGCUCAGCGCGCUCUGGCACCCGGACUGCUUCGUCUGCAGGGAGUGCUUCGCGCCCUUCUCGGGAGGCAGCUUUUUCGAGCACGAGGGCCGCCCGCUGUGCGAGAACCAUUUCCACGCGCGGCGCGGCUCGCUGUGCGCCACGUGUGGCCUCCCAGUGACCGGCCGCUGCGUGUCUGCCCUGGGCCGCCGCUUCCACCCAGACCACUUCACCUGCACGUUCUGCCUGCGCCCACUCACCAAGGGCUCCUUCCAGGAGCGCGCCGGCAAGCCUUACUGCCAGCCCUGCUUCCUGAAGCUCUUCGGCUGACCGCAGCCCCGCGCGCCCCACCGAGAGGCCACGCCCCCCAGGACCCCACCCUUCCGCAGAAGUCCCAGCCCCCCAGACCCCGAGGCCUUGCUCCUGCAGCCUGGGGCGGCCCCCCAGACCGCCCCGCUCUGCGAGGCCUCGCCCACUGGAGAGACCGCCCCUAAGGUACUCUAUGUUCUGGGGCCAAGUUCAGAAAAGGCCCAGCCAGUCCUAAAUCCACACGCCCCGAAAGUGGAUCGCACACUGAUCCCGCGCGAGUCUUCACUCGAUUCCCACCCUCGAGGGCGCCCCCUGACCGCAGGCAGGUCCUUGCAAUUCCGACUCAUCAGAGGCCAGGCCCGGACGUCCCCGCUCCCCACUCCCUCACUAUUCUGUGCACUUUUUUCUACCUACAUAAACACACACAUUCCACGUC